UAGGUAUAUUCCGUAGGGGAUUGCAGUUCGAUGUGUAGAUCACGGGGUUCUCUUGUUUGUGUUAGCAAAGGAGCUAGAUCCCUUCAGUAGUUUGAUUGCUUGGAAUAGAAGGGGAAGAGCCAGCAAAGAUCAUGCCAAGCAAGAGCACCAAAACUUCGACAGCAGCCCCUCGGAAAGGCAGAGAGCCCUUAGAGGAGUCCGUCAGUGACAUGGAAGUGGAAAACGAAGGAGACAGGCAGCUUGGCCAAGUACCUCCGCAAGCAGUCUCAACUGAGGUGGUAGAUAAUCGAAGUUUAGAAGAGAUUUUGGGUAGCAUCCCUCCUCCCCCACCUCCAGCAAUGACCAACGAAGCUGGUGCUCCUCGUCUCAUGAUAACUCAUAUUGUAAACCAGAACUUCAAAUCCUAUGCAGGGGAGCAAAUUUUGGGACCUUUUCAUAAGCGUUUUUCAUGUAUUAUUGGGCCAAAUGGCAGUGGAAAAUCCAAUGUCAUUGAUUCAAUGCUUUUUGUGUUUGGGUAUCGAGCACAGAAAAUCAGAUCCAAAAAACUCUCUGUGCUGAUCCAUAAUUCUGAUGAACAUACGGACAUCCAGAGCUGUUCUGUGGAAGUCCACUUCCAAAAGAUCGUUGACAAGGAAGGAGAUGAUUACGAAGUUAUUCCUAACAGCAAUUUUUGUGUAUCUAGAACUGCCUAUAGAGAUAAUUCCUCUGUCUACCACAUCGAUGGAAAGAAAAAGACAUUCAAGGAUGUUGGUAUUCUUCUGCGAAGCCAUGGGAUUGAUCUGGACCAUAACAGGUUCUUAAUUUUACAGGGGGAAGUUGAGCAAAUCGCGAUGAUGAAACCGAAAGGCCAGACUGAACAUGAUGAAGGCAUGCUGGAGUACUUGGAAGACUUAAUAGGAUCUGCCCGACUCAAAGAUCCCAUCCAGACUCUGUGUCGCAGAGUGGAGAUGUUAAACGAACAGAGGGGAGAGAAGUUAAAUAGAGUCAAAAUGGUGGAAAAAGAAAAGGAUGCCUUGGAAGGGGACAAGAAUAAAGCCAUUGAGUUUCUGUGUUUGGAAAACAAAAUGUUUAAAGAAAAGAAUCGCAUCUCUCAAUACUAUAUCCAUGACCUAAAGAAACGAGUAAAUGACAUGGAAAUGCAGAAAGAAAAAAUUAACGAACAAACCAAAGACAUUAAUGAGAAGAGUAGCAAGCUUGCAGAUGACAUGAAAGCCAAGAACAAAGCUUUGAAAGAACUUGAAAAGAAGCUCAGUAAAAUUACAAAGUUCAUAGAGGGAAAUAAAGAAAAAUUCACGCAGUUGGAUUUGCAGGAUAUUAAAGUAAGGGAAAACCUAAAACAUGCCAAAGGCAAGGCUAAAAAACUGGAGAAGCAACUUCAGAAGGACAAAGAAAAGAUAGAAGAAUUGAAAAAUACGUCUUCCAAAAGUGAAACUGCAAUCAGCGAAGCGACAUCUAAGAAAGAGCUGCUUGAAAAGUCAAAGGAGAAGGAAGAAGCAAAACUCAAGCAGGUUAUGGACAGCCUUAAGGAAGAAACACGAGGACUUCAGGAAGAGAAAGAGAGCAAAGAGAAAGAGCUGAUGGAGUUCAGUAAAGCGGUGAACGAAGCCUGUUCCAAGAGGGACGUGGCCCAGUCAGAGCUCGACAUCUAUCUCAGCCGUCACAACACCGCCCUGUCGCAGUUAAAUCAGGCAAAGGAGGCUCUGACGACGACUUCAGAAACUCUUAAGGAAAGGAAAGCCGCUAUCAAAGAUAUAGAAAUAAAGUUACCCCAGGCUGAAAAGGAAUUGAAGGAGAAAGAGAAGGAGUUUGAGAAGCUGGUAAAAGAAGAGUCGGACGUUACGAACUUCGUACGAAACCUCCGUCAAAAAGUAGAAGAAGCCAAAAGCUCUUUCGCACAAAGUCGCAGCCGAGGAAAAGUGCUUGAGGCUCUGCUUCAGCAGAAGAAAUCAGGCAAUAUUUGUGGACUGUAUGGAAGACUGGGAGACCUGGGAGCGAUCGAGGGGAAGUACGAUGUCGCUAUUUCGUCGUGUUGCGACGCGUUGGACAACAUCGUUGUCGAUACGAUCGACACCGCGCAGAGAUGUGUGAAUUUCCUAAAGGCAACCGGAAUCGGAGUCGCCACGUUUAUAGCCCUGGACAAAAUGACUCUAUGGGAAAAAAAAGCUCAAAAGAUUUCAACUCCUGAAAAUACUCCUCGGUUAUUUGAUCUGGUGAAAGUAAAAGACGAGAAGGUUCGCCUGGCGUUUUACUUCGCGCUGCGUGACACUCUGGUAGCCAAUAGCUUGGAGGACGCUACCAGACUAGCGUUCCAAAGAGAUAAAAGAUGGAGGGUGGUAACGCUGCAAGGACAAAUCAUCGAGCAGUCAGGAACCAUGACUGGUGGGGGAGGCAGAGUAAUGAAGGGCAGAAUGGGUUCCUCCGUCGUCAUGGAUGUUUCAGAAGAAGAGGUCAGUAAAAUGGAAUCUCAGCUGCAGAAGGAUUUGAAAAGAGCAGCACAGUGCGGGGAGCAGAAAUUACAACUUGAAGAAGCCAUAAGAAAACUGAGCCAAGAUAUUCGGGAAAUGAGAAAUACUUUAGAAAAGUACAGAGCAAGUCUCCAGCGUUUAUCUGAACAAGAAAUUCAUCUAAAAAGCCAAGUUAAGGAACUUGAAGCCAACGUCAUCGCUGCUGCCCCAGACAAAAACAAACAGAAGGAGUUGGAGAAAGUCCUUAAUAGUUAUAAAAAAGAUUACGACUGCGUUGCCGAGAAAGCCGGUAAAAUAGAAACCGAAGUGAAACGCUUACAUAACCUCAUCUUUGAGAUCAACAACCAGAAGCUUAAAGCCCAACAAGACAAACUCGAUAAGGUCAACAAAGAAAUAGAUAAUUGCGCUUCAGCCAUCACCAAAGCCCAAGUGGCCAUCAAGACCGCGGACAGAAACCUGAAAAAAUCCGAAGAGUCCCUUCUUCGCACGGAGGAGGAAAUUGAAGCUACUGAGAAAGAAAUUAAAAACUUAACACGAGAGCUGACCACCCUAGAAGAGAAAGCCACCGAGGUUAUAAACGAAUGCAAGCAGGCUGAGGAUGCGUUGCCAGCAACUCAGAAAGAGCAUCACGAUUUACUCCAGGAGAUUAAAGCUAUUCAGGACGAUGAACAUGCACUUCAAAAGGAAGCUCUUAAUGUUAAGCUGAAAAUUGAACAAAUUGACGGUCAUAUUUCUGCACACCAGUCAAAGAUGAAGUACUGGCAAAAAGAGAUAUCAAAACUAUCGCUGCACCCCAUAGAUGAUAAUCCACCUGAAGAACUUCCAGUGCUGAGUCAAGAAGAACUUGAGGCCAUCGAGGAUCCGGACGUUAUCAGGAAUCAGAUCGCUCUGCUGGAAGCCCAGUGUCACGAAAUGAAACCCAACCUCAGCGCCAUUGCAGAGUACAAGAAGAAGGAAGAGCUGUAUUUGAAACGCGUGGCUGAGCUGGAUGACAUUACCAAUGAGAGAGACAACUUCAGACAAGCUUUUGAAGAUCUUAGGAAACAAAGGCUAAAUGAAUUUAUGGCCGGAUUUAAUAUGAUAACAAAUAAACUGAAGGAAAACUACCAGAUGCUGACUUUGGGAGGAGAUGCCGAGUUAGAACUUGUGGACAGUCUGGAUCCCUUCUCUGAAGGAAUCAUGUUUAGCGUUCGGCCUCCCAAGAAAAGUUGGAAGAAGAUAUUUAACUUAUCGGGAGGAGAGAAGACUCUUAGUUCCCUGGCUCUGGUUUUUGCUCUUCACCAUUACAAGCCAACACCACUUUAUUUUAUGGACGAGAUUGACGCAGCACUUGACUUCAAAAACGUCUCUAUUGUAGCGUUUUACAUAUAUGAGCAAACCAAGAACGCGCAGUUCAUCAUCAUCUCCCUGCGGAACAACAUGUUUGAGAUUGCAGACAGAUUGAUCGGCAUUUACAAGACUCACAACACCACGAAAAGCGUGGCCACAAACCCCAAAGUCAUCGCAGCCAAAGGACUGGCUGAACUCGCUGCCCCGGGUGCUGUAUAGCCCAGAAAUAGAGCGGAA